CGCCCAUGCUUUUGCUUCUGGCGCGGCUGCCGAAGGAAUGUGGCGCGCGCGAAUGGUCUUGCAACGUGCCGCAUGGUGGGCGCUCCUUCCAUCAAAUAAUGAAGAGACAAUAGGACGACCGCGAUUGGUGUGCGCGUAUUGGAGAGUAGAUGGCGUAGAGACAUAAUGCAAUACGCAGCUCUUCCGUUUCGCCAAUGGCAAUGAGUCAGUUUUUUGGGGCGCCUUGUGUUUUCAGAGAGUGAGACAUUUCCACCACUACCUAGCGUGACUGAGUUCCAUAUGCUAUGCACUGAACGAAGGCGGUGGCGGGUGCUGAGAGAUCGACGAAAAAGAGAAGAGGUACUUUUUUGGAUCCUUGUUGUAACGAAACUGCAGGGGGAGCGGAGCUUGACACCAAGACAAGUGCGGAGUGGUGUGGCGUCGAGAGCAAGUUUUCAUCUUGUUCAAAUGGGUGAGGCGGUCGCAAUUGCCUCCACACUAAAAAUCAAAACAGACUACAGCGCUCAUGGUCAUAUUCACAAACUGAGCCUGGGACCUACAACUAUUCGCAAAGUCCUUCAAAUAGGGCCGGACUACAUAGUCCUUCAAAUAUACAGUCGCGGGCCAACUACAAUCACCAACACCAAAAUGACCGAACACACGACGACGGAGGACCACACAACCGGCUCCAACCCGCAACUCCUCUCCACGCAGCAUCUCCGACGCCUUCCCGCGAAGGUUUUGAAAAAACUCCUUCUCAAGCACCACCCGGACAAGGGCGGCGAGCGGGAGGCGUUCCAACGUAUGAAAUGUAAAAAUGUCUGGGUCUCCUGGAAAAUUGCAACUUGUCAUGGUAAAUCUGAAGCAUGCAAAAACCUGUGUUGCAUGACUGCCAAAAGCUGUACACUUUUCACCAAGUUGGAAAGGAGUUUCUCAUGCAGAAUAGGUAUGGAAGAGACCCUGGCCCAGACCUCGCAGAGUCUGUCAUGCUAAGUCCCGCAUUCCAGACCUCAUGGGGCAUGGAAAAUCUGCAUUACAGGUCUACACUUUUCCAGACCCAGACAUUUUCGCAUUUGAUACAACGAGUUUUUGAACAGUACGAGCGUCAGAAGAAGCGAGAAGAAGAUGAUAAAAACAUCGCGGGUAUCGUCGGAAAGGAUUUUGACAUUAACAAUCCGGGGAAAAGCAGAUUGUUUCCACAAACGAGGCACCGGGACGCCGACACGUUUUUCACGAAGGUAAAUCCAACGGACCAUAACGGUGGGAGCAACUACUCUUCCGAUAUCGAGCGGAAAAGGGUUGUCGCUGUCAGUGAUCGGAAUCUGUGCAACACAAAAGAAGCUUCUGGCAUGCAUCGACUAAGAUCACGGUCUUGGUCUUCCAGAACCCUGCGUCGCAGCAGGUUUUACCUGUUACUGCUGUGAUCAUGUUUGCCGCCAGGAAAAUUUCUUAUGCAGGACCAGCAAUUAUGUUGACCGCGACAAACUUUUUCUCUCCAUAUCCGACACCCGGGUUUACAACGACGGUGUCUUUUACGAGAAGUAUUUCAACAGCAACAAAAAGGAGCUAUCCAAUGCAAAAGGAUCGUAAAGUCGUACUAGUAAUCGCAGUCACGCAUGACAGAUCUAUUCCCUAUUAUGGGGAAUGAAUUUCAGCAAUACAGGUUGCAUUCUCUCGUAUCUUGGAAAUGAAAUAAGAAUUUGUAUAGCAGCUUGUACCAGUACGAAAUUUUUGCAAUGCAUAGAAGAAACCGAAAACAGACGAUGAAGAGUUGUCGAAGAAAAUGAACAAUUUGCGACAGAUAUCAAAGAAAAAAACUGUGUAAGAAGUGUAACUUUGUGCUGCAGACGAUGCAAGACAACAUACACCUGUCAUGCUGGACAUGCGUCAGAGGCUCUUUUCGUACAUGUUUUCACUGAUACGAGCUACGCAUGACAGCUUUCUGUGUCAUGCCGAGCAAACUUGUGAUGCCAUUCCGCCAAGAAAGUUACACUUACACAAUUUUUUUCUUGCAUAACAGAGGAGCGGGAGCACAGCGAGCGCGUCUUCAUCCACGUCGGCAACGAGCGACAGUGCGAAUUUUUACGCAGGAACAUCAAAUGCUAGCAGGUUGAACAGCAAUAAACCGAGCUCGUCUUCUGGUGCUGGUCCUGGUGCGUCUAGCACUUCCUCUUCUACAGGUGCGCCAGGCACUUCUAGCGCUCCACCGAACCCAAAAUUCGCCAAUCGGUUCGGCGGGGCGAGACAGGCCAAAGCGGACUGGCAGCCGCCGGGGAUGAAGAGUGGUUCGACCGCGAACAACAAUCCUUCCGGCGGGGCGGGCACUGCUACAGCGUCAACCGCGAAAGCCAAAGCAAAGAGCGGCACGAGUACUUCUAGAGCGACUGCAACGAAACCGCAGGGGGCUGAGGCGCGACAAAAUCCAAACAAGAAGGCUGACAAAGAUACAGCAUCAACAUCAGCACCUCCACCUCCAUCUUCCGAGCAAAACAGCGGGAUUCAUGAUCCGCCGCAGCAAACGGACUGGACCGAAGUAAAAAAGCGGUGGCUGAAGCAGGAAAUCCUACUCGAGCACUAUGACCUGCUCAAGCGUUACAAUCUCAAACGUUACAAUAGAAUCUGAGAUUUGUCUUGCAUGAUGAUCAUGACAGACUCGGACAGCAUUCCACUUUCUGCAAUACAAAUUUCGCCAGAUUGUAGUGCGGAUUAGGACACCAGAAGUUGUCAUGCGCAAUCCUAUGAGAAUUGGCCAGAUCAUGCGCUCUUGCAUCACAGAUCUCCAUAUUCUAUUGUAACGUUUGAGAUUGUAACACCUGAGCGGGUUAUAAGCACCUACGGGAAAAGUUCGCGAACAGCAAAACCAGGGACGCAGAGGACGAACAGAUUUUGAACCAGUUGCUGAAUAUCAAAUGUAAAAAUGUCUGGGUCUGGAAGAAUUGUCAUGCUUGUCUGGCAUGACUCUUAGAUCUGUCAUGCACGUUACCAAAGAGCUCCAUUUUUCUGUGAUGCAGGAACGCAGUUUGUCAUGCAGAAUAGGCAACACCUAGAAGCUCAGAAACUUGUCAUGCUGAGCCAGCAUUUGUGGCCUCAUCAUGAGACGCCACCCAGCAUCACAAGUUUCCAGAGGACCCAGACAUUUUUACAUUUGAUACUGAAACAGGAAAAACGAAUCUCCGCGGUUUCCCCGAUACGCGGAAGCAGCGGGGGGAAUACCGGUAGUGGGACAACAUCAACGCGUAUGAAGGAUCCGAUCAAGUUCCGAAACCGGAUCAAAAUUCCCCGACAACGUCGACCUGGUGCAGCACGCUCGAAGUCAGGCUCGCCGGAUCAACAUCUCCGAGGAGGAGAUGCUAGUAGUCCUACGACGUCGAAAAAAGACGAAAGCGAAGCAGGUCGUGGCAGUGAACAUUUGUCGGGAGAAGAAACCUCUAGUUCCGGGGAGGAGCUGGAUCUGUCCGCGGAACUGGAGGGAGCGGACGAGCUCUUGCACGAUCAUGAAGAAACCGUACUGGAUAUGCUGUUUGAGAAUUUCUCCGAACAGACCCGGGUAAAUUGAAGAUGGGCCUGGGAGGGAGAUGAAUGUUGUAGUUGCGGUAGCCGUAGCGGUAUCUUUUAUGUUGGGACGAGUUUUUCAGCUGCAGGAUGUUGAAGCUGCUUCUAGUAGUAAGGGCGAUAGUACGGAAGUAUAAUUUUCAAACCCCACUUGUAGGUUUAGGUAUUUCAAAAGUUUCAGUUUCGAAUAUAAAAGAAAGAGGUUGUCGGAGUUUCUUUAUUGAAAGAGAAAAAA